AGACUUAGGAUUUAUCUUUAAAAUCCGGUGUGUUCAGAUGGGCUGCGGUCAUUUAUUAUCCCUACGGAGAGCGUUUCUCCUCCCAGCAGGUUGGGGGAGCCGAUGACCGAGAAGCCGCUUGGAUACAGCGCUGUACAACUCGCCCUCUUUGUGUUUGAAAUACUAAGCAGCGACUGUAGACUGUCAGUCUGUUGGCCUGCAUCGAAGGACUUAAGACCUUUAAUAGCUGUUCUCUUACUAAAGUCGUCGUUGGAAUGAUUUGUUCUCGGUUUUGUCCUUGAGACCCUUACCCAGUCGUCGACAUUCUCGUAGGAAAAGAUGAGAAGGGCAAGCGGGUCCCAAAGUAUCUGAUUCACUUCAAUGGUUGGAACCGAAGUUGGGAUCGCUGGGCUGCAGAGGAUCAUGUACUCAGAGAUUCGGAAGAAAAUCGCAAAUUACAACGUAAACUGGCACGCAAAGCUUUGGCUCGCAUGAGGAGGAAGGGAUGGAGGAAGCGACGUUGUCGUUUGCCGGGUGUUAACUCUGUGCUAAAAGGCUUACCUGACGAGGAGAAGGAGGAGAGCGAUGACGCUUCUUUGAUCUCGUCAUCUGAUGACAGUGACGAGGACGAUUCCGACCCCGAGUCUAUAAAAAGUGAGAGCGAGUCAUCUGAGGAUCUGGAGGAAAUGAGGGAAGAGCAAGAGACACACACGAGGAGGGAGAGCGAGGAUAAGACCAUCACUAUAAAUAUAGACAUCCCUGAAGUCCUCAAGAAGAAGCUGGAGGAGGACUGCUAUUACGUCAACAAGAGAAAGAAGCUGGUGAAGCUCCCAUGCCAGAUGAACAUAGUGAACAUUCUGGAGUCCUAUGUGAAGCACUUCACUAUAAACGCUGCUUUUUCUGCCAACGAGCGCUAUCGGCACCCUCAGAGCUCAACACAGUCCAACUUGAACCCACACUAUGUACCACCAGAGAAGAAUGAGGAGCUCUGUAAGGAGAUGGUGGAUGGCUUGCGGAUCACCUUUGACUUCACCUUACCCAUAAUCCUCCUGUAUCCCAACGAGCAGGCUCAAUUCAAGAAGGUCAGCUCAUCCAAAUUCUUCCAGCCGAUCAAUGAUGGUGCAGGAUGCUCUACUAGGACUCUUCGGGAGCGCUCUCCAAGCCCGGGUCUGAAUCCCUCCACUCCUCAGUCCACGGACAGCCAGCCACCUCUGAGUGAGACCUCCACCACCCCUGUCACUGCGGCAACCACACCCAAACGCCGGCGCUGCACCAAUCCCGACUCAGACGCCACACAGUCUCUCAGACGCUCCACCCGCAACACUUCAGGAGGGGAUCGGAACACUGAGGGCAGUGGCGGAGGAGGAGGGGGCAGCAGCAGCAGCGCUUCACCCCAGCCUAAACGCAGACUCUCUGAAGCACCAACACCUCUGCCCAAAUUCUUUCUCAAUCUGGAGAAGAGAACACCUGUCCACAGCGGCUCCUCGUCUCCACUUCCCCUCACGCCGAGUAAGGACGGCAGUGGCAUCUUCUCUGGUCUGGAGAGCCGACGCAACAAUGAACUAAACGAAGUCCUGAGUUGGAGACUAACGCCUGAUAACUACCCUCUGAGCGAUCAGCCUCCACCGCCAUCAUACCUGUACGGCUCUCAGCACCUCCUACGGCUCUUCGUGAAGCUUCCUGAGAUCCUUGGCAAGAUGCACAUGCCUGAGAAGAAUCUGAGGGCCUUGGUAAAGCACCUGGAGCUUUUUCUCAGGUUUUUGGCCGAGUUUCACGAAGACUUCUUUCCUGAGUCCGCGUACGUGUCGGCCACUGAAGCCCAUUACUGCAUGAAGCAGCCGCGGCCAGUCUGCUGAGAGACCACUCCUGUGGAGGGCCCCCUUCUGUCUUGCAUCUUCAGUGUGUCGUCUGCACUGCUACUGACUGCCGAACGCUCUGUCAUUCUACUUUUUUGACUUUUCAAAGCUUCUCAAGCCGCCUGGAGUCUGACCAACUCGCAUUGUCCACUUUCUUCAGUUUGGCAGGACGACAUCCUUUUGCUUUUUUAAAUUUUAUUUCAUUAUGCUUGAAGCUUUUUGGACAUUGUGGCUUAAGAAAGGACAUCCCUUUCUUAUUUUUCAGCUUGCUUUUGAGGCCAGAGGGAGGCUGCAGUCUCUUCAGCAAUUUCUUCUUUCGCCCUGUCUCUUAAUGCUCAGCAGCUGUAUUUUUCUCCCCAGCACUGUAGCGUUCUUGCUUUGGCUCCUCCUUUUGCUUAGUCAAGCGACGAAAGCGGCAAGAAAGACUUUAUUCGGAGGUCCUUAUGUGUGAACUAAAGAGAUCUUGGUACCAUUAGUCCUUUCUGCUGAUUCCUGCAAGCUAGCUGUUGUUUUGUUUUCUCCCUGUGUUGUUGAUCAUUGUCUGUUAUCAAGGCAAGUGUUCAUUUGUUAGAUGCCCUCUGUGCCAUAGCUGUUACAUUUUGAAGGAUGUUCUCUUUUGUCAAUAGUUAAUGGGGAAUCUCAGUUUUUAUAAAAAAAUUAGCAUAAAUAAAUCGCUGAGGUGUAAAGUCAUUCAGAGUGAUUUCAUGUGAGAUGGUGCAUUUUAGAGAAAGUUUUAAUUUCUUUACAGUGACAUUGAUACAAAGCUGGUGUUGCCAAAUAUAGCCAUUUUAUUUACUGGGCAAAACAGCCAGUGAACCUACUCAUGUCUGAGUUUUUAUAUGUAAUGUUGAUGAUGAUAAAACUAAAAAAAGAUGUUUUCCUUGGGAUCUAUUGUCGUAUGAUGCCCUCUGUGUACCUCCCCACCAUAAAUAGCUUUUCAAAAAUGCAUUUUGAACUAAAACUUUAUUUCAAGACUAUAUUCUCAGACAUCUGGCAGCAUAUCCAUGACCUCUUUAUUUACUAACUUUCUGUGGAGUGUUAAGACGUCUGGUUCCUAUCACCACCACUGUGAACAGUUCUGACUCCAAGUUUGGAACACAGCAUUUCACACUAAACCACUCUUAAUGACUUUGUUUCCAUCUUGAUGCAGGUAUUUUGACAAUUCUGCUUUUGUAAUUGUCCUUUAACCAUAGUACAUUACUGAUGUAGGAGCAGGCCCUCCGUCCUUGUAAUUUAUGUGAAGGUAAAUUGUACAAAAACUGAAAUUUAGUCAGCAUUCAUGCUCUAAAGUAGGGUAAUUAUGUUGCUAAAUGUUGCAAUUGCAGUAUGCCUUGCAGUGUAUUAAAAUGCAUUGAUAAGACAGUAUUGUGACUUGAUUAAAGACCGGCCUGCAUUAUUUUGACCAAAA